UGUCCCAGCUGGGUUUGUUAAAGCGACAGGCCGCUACGGCGCGUUAGGGCUCCACAGGGUACCGCACAGCGGCCGAAGAGUACCCUGGCGUGUGGCGGGUGCCCGUGAGCCCGUGACAGCGGCACCGCUCUGCCCCGGACCCCGGCUCCGGGCCGCUGCCGACCUCACGGGCGCGGCCGCGACGCCCGGCGGGAUGGGCGGCGAGGCUGGGUCCGCGGCGGCCGUGGGCUUCGAGGGCCGAGUGAAGAACCUGGGGCUGGUGUUCGAGGACCAGCACAAGGGCAGCUACUCCAGCGGCGAGACGGUGGCUGGACACGUGCUGCUGGAGGCGGCCGAGCCGGUUGCCCUGUGCGCGCUGCGCCUGGAAGCCCACGGCCGUGCCACCGCCGCCUGGGGCCCGGGCGCUGGGGCCGCCGCGCCGGCUACCCGCGCAGAGGUGGAGUACCUGAACGUGCGCCUGAGCCUCCGCGAACCCCCGCCCGGUGAAGGCAUCCUCUUAUUACAAUCUGGAAAACAUGAAUUUCCAUUUAGCUUUCAACUUCCAUCUGAACCUUUGGUGACCUCGUUCACCGGGAAAUACGGAAGUAUUCAGUACUGUGUGAGCGCUGUUUUGGAACGACCCAAGGCACCUGCUCAGAGUGUAAAGCGGGAACUCCAGGUUAUUAGUCACAUCGAUGUCAACACACCAGCAUUAUUAACCCCUGUACUGAAAACUCAAGAGAAAAUGGUCGGCUGUUGGUUUUUCACAUCCGGUCCAGUCUCACUGAGUGCGAAAAUUGAAAGAAAGGGAUACUGUAAUGGAGAAGCUAUCCCAAUCUAUGCAGAAAUAGAGAAUUGUUCUUCCCGUCUGAUUGUUCCCAAAGCUGCUAUUUUCCAAACCCAAACGUAUUUGGCUAAUGGGAAAACAAAGACUGUCAGGCACAUGGUUGCCAACGUGCGCGGAAACCACAUCGCUUCCGGGAACACCGACACGUGGAAUGGGAAGACUCUGAAAAUCCCGCCUGUUACUCCGUCCAUCCUGGACUGCUGCAUUAUCAGGGUCGACUAUUCCUUAGCUGUGUAUAUUCACAUUCCUGGUGCUAAAAAGUUGAUGAUCGAGCUGCCCUUAGUGAUCGGUACAAUCCCGUAUAAUGGCUUUGGCAGCAGAAACUCUAGCCUCACCAGCCAGUUCAGUAUGGAUAUGAGCUGGCUGACGCUGACUCUGCCAGAACAGCCUGAAGCGCCGCCAAAUUAUGCAGACGUGAUAUCAGAGGAGGAAUUCCCUGGACGUGUUCUUCCUUACCCUCGACCCACUAACUGUGAGGGCGAAGCAUGCUGUCAUAUGUGUGCCUGCAUACAGGAAUUCCGGUUUUGGCCUCCACCUCUUUAUUCAGAGGUCGAUCCACAUCCUAGUGUUGUACAAGAAACCCAGCCUCUUUCCUUCAUUCUGUGAACAUAAUUCACAAAUCACUGUGUGCAUCGUCUAAUAAGAAUUGGUUCUUUCCCCCUGCCUUUUUGGGGAAGAGGAAGGGAAGAUUCACUUAAGAACAUAAACAGACAUCAAGACUGAAGCUGAUAGAAACUAAAUAAUGUGAACUUGCUAGUGGGCCAACAAGAUGGUAGCCCAAGUUUAUGAUACGGUCAAGUGUCCCCUUGAAAUGAUAGGAUGAAGAUGUGAAAAGUCACAGAAUGUGAGUCCUGAUGGUCCGAGGAAGUGAAGGGGUGCUGCGCUGACUCAAGAGGAAGGACUCUGUGGAAACAGUGGAAACACUCUGCAAGUAAACCUUUAAAGAGAUUUCUCAAGUGGAACAAAAGUAUCAUAAGCUUUAAGGUGAUAUGGACUCACUGGGAGGAAACUUGACUUUGGAGAAUGUAGCAACCCAAGGGUGUGCAGGACAGGACCAUGGCCCCCUCUGAAAGCAAAGAAACCCUGAGUGUCAGGGGCUUCACAGUCUUACCUGGUCCUAAUCAAGAAGUAGUUUUCAUUCUCUGAUAGUUUAAAAUGUUUAUCAAUUGGCCAUACAGUAUUAUGAAACUAAAAAAAAGUUCUUGCAAGGCUUGUCAGUUCAAAGGGGGAAGGUGAAUUUCAGUAUGAAAAACACAUUUUGUUGAAAGGCCGUACUUUUUACCCCCCUUAAAUACUUUAGCAGGACACAUUUGAUUUUCCUCAUGUCUUAUUUACUUACGAUCUUAUUAGAAAAAGAAGAAUUACGAUCCUUAGGAUGCCUUGGUAACCUGAUCUACAGAAAAACAGACAAAAAGGCUUUUCUUAACCUACCUCGAGUGGGGUUAUCACAUAGGUUUUAAGACUCUGGGUCUGGUACAUUUCUUUGGAGUGUCUACUAAUUUUCAGAAGCCUCUCCUUUCACCCAUCACUAAAUCUGAAACUGGACCAAGGGAAAAGCCUAUAAGGUUAGCAUUAGAUGAAAGUUAAUAUAAAUAUACCAAAGGGUAUUUCAAAAUAAAUGCAAAUUCUGAAGAGGGUAGAAAUACCAUCUUAAAAAAGACAUAAACUUAAUUCCUGCCAAGAGACAUAAGUCUAAUAAUGGCAGUCACUGUGUUCUACAUUUUAUUCCGAUUCCUAAGUCAUUCUCUUUAAACUGUGAUUGUCUUUGUUUUGGUGCAAUAUUUAUCAUUUAACCUCAGGAUAUUGAGACCAACAGGAUUGUGUUGCUGCUCAAAGUCUGAGCAGUGUUUUUCACUGUCCCCUCUCCCCACCUAUUCAUGGUCACAUGUUCACUUGCUUUACCAUUAAUCUAUUGGUUUCAAGAGCUGAGAGCAUUUCUGGACACUAAGUAGAAGGGAGGUAGGGAGUCUCAAAACAAAGAUUUUGGACCAGCUGAACACUUUGGGGUCCUCCGUGUCCUAAGGGUUUGAUCUAGAAACCCUGGUGCUUCCAGUGCAGAAUACUGUAUUUCAUUCAACAGCACGAUUAUUUUUUCUUCCCAUUAGUAUAUUCAGUUAGAAAUAGAAAAGUUCUUCUAAGGUUAAGUUGUGUAUUUAAAAAUUGGCCAUUUGAUCAGGGAUUUUUCUACAAACAUAUUAAGUAAAGGUACAUUUUCCACCCUUUGGGACCUAACCUCUCUUCUCUGUAAUCUCGUAAGCAUUUUAAGCUGUUUUUCGUUGUAAGCCACUGUUUAAAAUCACCAUACAAAACCAUUAAACCAAUAAUUGUGGUACUGCAAUUGUCACACAACCUGAUUCCUGUUUUUUUAAUUUGGCUUUGUUUUUGUGUGUUUUUAAACAGGUAUGUGUACUUAAGUGCUGUCUAAACAGUUUUAUUUUUACUUGAACAAAGGUCAUCUUCAACUAUUUCUUGACUUCUAAGUUUGAGUUUACAUGCCUUGUCGAGACACAAGGUCCAUCUCCAUGAUGCCAAAAUAAAGUGAAAGAAACAAAAAGCGAUAUGGAGAAAGAGAAAGCUUAAAUGUCUCCAUGUAGAAAAGCAACGAAAUGGAAUCCUUUGCUAGCUUUGGUUUAUGACCUUUGUAGAGAAAUCAUGAAGUAGGCCCAUGAAAUUAAAGCAAAGCUGAGUUUUUAGCGCUUAAAAUAUGAUUUGCCUUGGUGAUAUUGGUGUAUGUGACCUUAUGCAGUAGGUUAAAACUGCAUAACUUUUUAUAAUCGAGAAAUUAUUUUAUGAAUGUAGAAAAUUCUACAUGGAUACUGAGACUACUUGGGAAGGAAGAUGAAAAUUUAGCUGCUCUUUGCUUGUUUAUUACCCUCCUGUUAGUUUGCAAAGAAAACUGUGGCCUUAGAAUUUUCUUUUUGAUGCCAAAAAAUUUGAAAUUGAAAAUGUGCACUUUGUGGCACACAAAAUCCUUCCAUGAAUGGAACUUUACUUUUUAUGUUUUUGUUUUGCACAAUAAGAAACUUAAUAGGCAGGGGUUAUGUUUUUGAUAAGUUAACUAUAAAAGCUUUUUUAUUUUUACUAUUAAAAAUGUAAUGAUUUAACCCACAGGAAAAAAUAAAGAUUGUAUUUUGUACUCCUGUUUGAACCCCAUGGGUUCCUUUUGUUAAUAAAACGAUUACACUGAU